AUGGAGCAGAUCCGCAGCCUGCGCGCGGAGCUCGGCGGCUCCCCGCGCCACCCGCUGCCGCAGCGAGGUUACCCCCCGCCGCCGGGCGGCCAGUACGGCGGCGGCUGCGGCUACGGCGGCGCUGCCGGCUCCAGCUUCGGGGGCAAGGGCGGCAAGGGCGGCGGCUGCGGAGGCGGCGGCGGCUUGGAGUACGAGGCAUACGCCAUCGGACUGGACGCCAAGGCCGUGCAGGCGAUAGGCGCCCUGGACGAGCAGGGCCAGCGGGUGGUGCUGGGCCUGGUGCAGAAGCAGGCGUGCCGCAACCCGUCCGCCGUGGCGUGGACGCACGUGAAGGCGUACAAGGAGAGGCCCGCGGAGGCACGCCUCGAGUUCUUGAGACUGAACCUCGACCCGGAGGCCGCGGCGGGCCUCGACCGCCUGCCCCCCGAGCAGCGCGACGAGGUGGUGGCCCAGGUCGAUUUCGCGAGAACGCGGAACGUGAGCGCCUUCGUCUGGUCGAGGAGAUCCGUCGGCGCCCGUGCGGCUGGCGGAGCAGAGCCUGUAUUCUGAGGAGGAAUCGGUAAGUAGCGCCCUUCCGUUGCGGA